CUGGCCCGCCGGUACCUGCGCGUCGUGAUCAGUACCAUGGACAGCGCCCGCGCCGCCGGUCCCGGGAUCCUGGACGCCGCCGGCUUCUGGCACGUCUGGCAGCGCUUUGACCCGGAUGAAAAAGGUUACAUAGAAGAGAAGGAGCUUGAUGCUUUCUUUCACCACAUGUUGACGAAAGUGGGUACCGAUGAUGCUAUCAUGGAAGAAAAUCUUCAGAAGGUGAAACAGCAGAUUAUGGCUGCCCACGAUGUCUCUAAAGACGGUCGUACACAGAUGAAAGAGCUUGCCAGCAUGUUCUUGUCUGAGGAUGAAAACUUUCUUCUGUUCUUUCGCCGGGAAACUCCCUUGGACAGCAGUGUGGAGUUUAUGCAGAUCUGGCGCAAAUAUGAUGCGGACAGCAGUGGCUUUAUCUCAGCCGCUGAGCUUCGAAACUUCCUCCGAGACCUCUUCCUCCACCACAAAAAGGCCAUUUCGGAGGCUAAGCUGGAUGAAUAUACUGGCACCAUGAUGAAGAUCUUUGACAAAAAUAAAGAUGGACGGUUGGAUCUUAAUGACUUGGCCAGGAUUCUAGCUCUUCAGGAAAACUUCCUUCUCCAAUUUAAAAUGGAUGCUUGUUCCACCGAAGAAAGGAAGAGGGACUUUGAGAAAAUCUUUGCCUACUAUGAUGUUAGUAAAACUGGAGCCCUUGAAGGCCCAGAAGUGGAUGGAUUUGUCAAAGACAUGAUGGAACUUGUCAAGCCCAGCAUCAGCGGAGUGGACCUUGAUAAGUUCCGGCAGAUCCUCUUGCGUCACUGUGAUGUGAAUAAGGAUGGAAAAAUUCAGAAGUCUGAGUUGGCUUUGUGUCUUGGGCUAAAAAUCAACCCAUAAUUCCCAGACAGCUUUGCCUUUUGCUCUUGUCAUGUUUCUGUGCUUCUGCUGGUAGAAUUGUAUCUGUGCUCUCACGAGGAUGCAGUAGGCAUACCUUCUAAUAGAAUGGUGUGGUAGUCUUCGGCAAGGGAGGGAUGCUAGGGCUUUCCUUCCAAUGUACUCCCACCUCACUGAAAGCCCCCCGAGGCCAUGUCGGUGUUAUUUUCUCCUUGACCCUGGGGCUUUCCUGUGCCCCCAGAGACUCAGCUAACCUGUUGGAUCUGCUCUGCUUGUCCUUCCUUAGUCUUGUUGUGGGCUUUCUGCUGAGUCUGAAUGGGUUUUGGUGUCUGUGGCUAUCUUGUGACCUCUACAAAUGGCUUUUGAUGUGGAAAUAAACUUGCAGCUGGAAACAAAGAUGCACUGGCAAUUGCUUUUGUGUUGUGACCUUUGAAAUGUCCCACUCGAUGGUUUGACAGACAAACUAGCUCUCUAACUGAUGGGCUGAACAAGUUGAAGGGUAUCCCUAAUGGAACUCACACCACCCAGCCUUCAGAAGCCCUCGAAUAGCCUCACCAAGGCUGAAAGGAGGAGUCACACUAAUCACUUAUAUUCAUCGGAUGGAGGAUACCAGAACACUCA